GGAAACCAUCAGCUGUGAAGUCAAGUCAACAUAAAUAAAUUAAAUCGAAGUACUUUCAGACAGUAAUAGUUGUUAAUAUUAGGUUCGUAAAGUGUAACAUACUGCAGUGGUGCUAAAUAACUUUCGUAUUUAAUAUUAUAUUGUUGUAAAAGAUCUUUAAAAACCUUAGAAGUCGAGAGUUUAAGUUCCAAAAAGUAUACCCCCACAAAAAAGUCUAACUCAAGAUACAAUAAUGGAUAAGCUGUCUCCGGAACAGAUAAAGUUUUAUCAUGACAAAGGAUAUCUUGUCAUAGGUCAACUUAUAGACUUUGAAUCAUUGUAUACUUACAAAAAAAGAUUUCUCCAAAUAUGCAAUGGUUUAGUUCCCAAAGGAACUAUGACAAUUGCAAAGGAACCAAAACUAAAAGAAAGUUCAAAUAAUCCUGAAGAUUAUGUUAAUAAGAUACAAGACUUCCUAUGCGAUGACGUGCUAGUAACAUACGUCGAGGAUCCUAGAUUGUUUCGAAUCGUCUCGCAGUUUAUAGGUGACGAUAUCAGAGGGAUGCACAGCAUGCUCAUCAAUAAACCGCCGGGCACAGACGAGCACCCUCCACACCAGGAUCUAUACUACUUCCCGUUCCGGCCGGCGGAUAAGAUUAUCGCUUCAUGGACGGCUAUUGACGUAGUGACGUAUGAGAACGGAUGUCUGUAUGUAGUACCAGGGAGCCAUAAACAACAGAAGCUAUAUGCUCACGACUAUACUUCGAUUGAUAACAAAAUGUACCACGGCAUAUUGGACCCAACUGCUGCAUUAGAAACAGACAGGGUACAUUUGGAAAUGAACCCGGGAGACACUGUGUUCUUCCAUCCUUACCUAAUCCAUGGUUCAAGGCCUAACGUUUCUAAGAACUACCGCAAAUCCAUAUCGUGCCAUUUCGCAAGUAGUGACGUCACUUACAUAGACGUACAAGGCACAGUGCAGGACGUCAUCGCCAAGGAAGUGGUACAGGAAGCCAAAAGGAGGGGUUUUGAAGCCAGCUUCGCGGAUGUUUGGAAAUACAAAAGUGUACCGAUCAAACCAAUUAAGAGCCAUCUGUGAAUGUGAGAAAAUCUUCAAUUCUUUAUCUCUCUUCACAUCACGACAUUUCAGCGGAAACGGCUAG